UCCUUUUGACAAGUGAACCACUUAGCUUCUUUGGAGUUUUAUAUGAUCCAAAUGAACAAAGUGGAAGCCUACUUAACCUGACUGUUUCGUUGAAACACGAACCACAAGUAUAGCAACAUAUACACAAUCAAAACCUAAGAACCAUGUCCAAAUUCCAGCUGCUGAUACAGCAACAAAUGAAUGAAGUUAUAUUCCAUCCCUUUCUAUGCCGAGUUCUUGUAUCUUUAUUCUUGUUCUGGGCUAUUACUAAAUUGUUCUACAAACCUGCAGCAAACAAGAAAUUACCCCCAUCACCAUGGAAGCUACCAAUACUCGAAAAUCUCCACCAGUUGGGCUCACUGCCUCACCGCAAUCUCCAGUCCUUGGCCAAAAAACAUGGGCCGCUCAUGCUUCUCCACAUCGGCACUGUGCCUACACUUGUUGUUUCAUCGGCAGAUGCAGCCCGAGAAAUCAUGAAAACUCAUGAUCUCAACUUUGCAGACAGGCCUCAAUCAAGUGUUAGCAGGCGGCUUCUGUACGACUUUAAGGAUGUAUCCGUUGCCCCGUAUGGUGAAUACUGGAGGCAGUUGAAGAGCAUUUGUGUACUCCAACUUCUCAGCAACAAAAGGGUUCAAUCUUUCCAUUCAAUCAGGGUAGAAGAAACUGCCCUUCUGGUGAAUAAGAUCCGCAACUCUACAUCUUCAGUGAAUUUGAGUGAGAUGUUUGCUCAGAUAACUAAUGAUGUGGUUUGUAGGUCAGUUUUUGGUCAGAAGUACAUUGACGGCCAAAAUGGCAAGAAAUUUCUUUCCUUGUUGGCAGAAUUCCUGGAGCUGUUGGGAAAUUUUACUCUUGGAGAUUUCAUUCCAGGGCUUUCCUGGAUUAGCCGUGUUAAUGGUUUUGAUGCAAGAGUGGAUAAGGUUUCCAAAGAAAUGGAUGAAUUCCUGGAGGGAGUGAUCAGAGAGCGGAUGGAAACUCCGGGGGAGGACAAAAAUGGAGCAAAUUUUGUCGACAUUUUGCUUAAUAUUUACCAAAGUAAUUCUACUGGCAUCUCCAUUCACAGAGAUAGCAUCAAAGCAAUAAUUCUGGAUGUGUAUGCCGCUGGAAUUGAGACCACGUCCACAGUUCUAGAAUGGGCGAUGACAGAACUCUUAAGACACCCUUCUGCCAUGAAAAAAUUGCAAACUGAAGUAAGAGAAAUUGUAAAAGACAAACAAGACAUAACAGAGAAUGACCUGAAAAAGAUGCAUUAUUUGAAAGCCGUGAUCAAGGAAAAUCUUCGUUUCCACACUCCUAUCCCGUUGCUAGUGCCACGAGUAGCAAGGAAAGAUGUGAAAAUCAUGGGGUACGAUAUUUCAGCCGGAACAAUGGUGAUAACGAAUGCUUGGGCCAUCGGCAGGGACCCUGUCUCAUGGGACGAACCAGAAAAGUUUAGACCUGACAGGUUUUUAAAUUCUUCGAAAGACUUUAAGGGCCAGGAUUUUGAUUUCAUCCCAUUUGGAGCUGGAAGAAGGGGUUGUCCAGGGAUCGCGUUUGCCAUGGCUACUAAAGAGUUCGUGUUGGCAAAUCUUGUGCAGAAAUUCGACUGGAAAUUGCCUGAUGAAGGGAAAGAAUUGGACAUGAAGGAGCGCCCUGGAGUUACUGCUCGUAUAGAUGUUCCACUUCUUGCAGCUGCCACUCAGUAUCGUUCUUAGUACAAUGGGAUGGAAAUAGAAACUUGUGUAUGAAAGUAUAUCCUGUACUUGUCUGUAAAACUGUUAUUUAGCUGAAACAUGUAUGUAUGUAAGUUGUCUAUUGAAGCAAUUUGUGAAGAAUAAAAUUACGGUGUAAAAUA